AUGUCCUCCCUGAGGCUCAUGCUUGUGGGAAAGACGGGGUCUGGGAAAAGCUCAGCAGGAAACACCAUCCUCGGAAAAAAAGAAUUUAAAGCAUGUUUAAGUUUGAAAGCUGUAACUACUAAAUGUCAGAAAGGAGAAGCAAAAGUGAAUGGUAGGACAGUCACAGUGGUCGACACACCAGGCGUGACUGAUUUAACGGUUUCUAGGGAGGAUGCAAAAGACAGGGUAGCAGAAUGUUUCCCAAUGAGCGCCCCAGGACCACAUGCAUUCCUGCUGGUGAUGAAAUUGGGCAGGUUCACACCAGAGGAGAAACAAGCAGCAGAGGUGAUUCAAGAAGUGUUUGGUGAAGCUGCUUUAAAACAUACGAUGGUCCUCUUUACCAAUGGUGAUGAACUGGAGAACCCUGAUGAUCUAGAGACCUUGUUAGAAGGCUGUGCGGAGCUCACACAGAUUCUUGGUACAAUUAAUCAGAGGUAUCAUGUUUUUAAUAAUAAAGUGGAUGAUCAUACUCAAGUAAUUCAACUCUUGAAUAAGAUUGAUCAAAUGUUAGGUAAGCGAGGAUGGCACUACACAAGUGAGCAGUUCCAGGAGGCGAAAGAGAAGAGAAGAGAGGAACAGGAGAAGGAGCGCUUGAGGAGAGAAGAGAAAGAACUCAGAAAAGAGUGGAAUGAGAAACCAGAACUGAGGAUAUUACUGAUGGGGAAGACUACGGAAAGUAACAGGACUGCAAACGAAAUGAUCCUCGAAGAGAGAUUCCAGUAUACAUAUAGAGAAGAAUGUCAAAAAACAAAUGGAGAAGUGCUUGGGAGGAGAGUAAGUGUGGUUGAAACUCCAGGAAUCGCUGAUACGCGCAGAAAGGCAGAGAAGGACAUGAUGAAGGAAAUCCUGUCGUGCAUCAGCCUUGCUUCACCAGGACCUCAUGCCUUUGUCAUAGUAGAAAGGUCUCGAGAGGAAAGUGCAGAGAGGAAGGGCAUAUUGAAGCUGAUCAAAGAUGUGUUUGGUGACCAGGCCUUGAAGUAUGUAAUAUUACUGGCCAUUGAAAGUAGCAGGAAUCCUGUGCUUGAUAACAGCUUUGAUUAUGGUUAUUCCACUGAGCGUUUCCGUCUUCUAGAACAUCGCACCGGCGAAACUCCACAUAAGCAUGAACAUCUACCGACGCAUACAUUUCAGUACCCGAUUAGCCACAGGCAAGUCACAUCACUGCUACAGGAUAUAGACAAAAUGGUGGAGAGAAAUGGUGGAAGCUACUUCACGAGUGACAUGUAUUCAAAGGCUGAGAGGGCCAUCAGAGAAGCACAAGACAAAAUUCUGGAGAAGCGAAUGUUAGAGAUAAGCAAAGAGAAAUAUGUUGUCAUGUGGGGGGGUACAGACGGAUUUGAGAAUAGUAUGGAAUGGAAAACUGCUUUGAUAAAAGCCAGAAGUCUGGGAGAAAGGGACAAUUCCUUUAAUAAUUUUUUAAUAAUUUUAGGAGGUGCCAUUGUUGGUGGAAUAGUAGGAGCUGUAAUAGGAGCUUCAGUGGGAGGCCCAAUAGGAGCAGGGAUUGGGACAAAAUUAGGAGCAGGUGUUCUGGGAGCAGUGGCAGGGGCAGGAAUAGCAGGAGUACACCAACGUAGAAUUAAAGAAGCCUGCAAAAUUCAGUGAGGAAACGGUAAUGAUUGGUUUAGCCUGAGGUCACUAUUCAAUCAAGUUAUGUCUUUAGGUUUGAUUUAAAGGGUUAUUUUAAGUCAUUAUUGCAACAUGUAAUCCACAGAGCAUUUAACAAUUAAGAAUUAGUUAAACAUUUUACUGCAUUUAAUACAUUUCUGAAAAUGAAACUACAGUCUUCUAUAUUCCAUUUCUUGUAUUCUGUAAUGUGUGAUUAUGGGUUGCGGUGGUUGGUGUAGGAUUGUCUCAUUAAUGUUUGGUUGAAUGUCAUAUAAUAGCAAAUUUGACCUGCAAUUAAAGAGGAAUCAGUGUAGCUUGUAAAGACAGGUAACAUUAGUUACUGUUUCUAGACAAAAAACAGAUAACGUCUGAGAAAAUGUACAAUGAUUGUGUAGCAGAGGAGUUAUCCAACAUUGCAGCCUUGUUGCCUGCAGCUACCUGCCUAGAUAACCUAACACACUGCUAUCUUUCACCUUCUAGAAAAAAGAUUUGCAGAACAUAUAUGAUGUUACAUUUAUUUCUGCUUACUCAUUAGCCAUCUGUCUAAAACCUAGCUGGCAAGCUAAAAACAACAUUUUUCUAGCUUGGUAGCUAUUUAUUAUGAGCUUGUUACUGCUUUGCACUGCGCUGCAAGCUACCGUACUGAGCUACAGUACUAUACAGAGCAACUGUACUGUCAUUGCUAGCAAGUGAGAUGGCUGCCUAGCUACAUAUAAAUUAAUAGCUGAUGGGGUUGUUAUGAUGUAAAAUGCCUCUGGGGCAUCUGCAUGAGAUCCUGUAUCGUACUAAUACCCUUCAAGCUUGCUGAAGAGAAGAUAAUAUUGCUGACUUCAAACAUGUAAUUCAUGACUCUGUGAUUGAAAUAUGCUCCAUUUUUUAACCUCUGUAGUACUUGUAAUUACUUUUACACUGCUGUCUCUUUCUCCAUUUGAUGUCUGUAACUUGCUUGUCUACUGUCUUGUGUUAGUUUGUGUUUUAUGUCAGGUCCCCCUUGCAAAAGAGAUUUCAAUCUCAAUGGGAUUUUUUCCUGGUUAACUAAAGGUUAAAUUAAAAAAUUAAAGUUUGAAAAAAUCUACAGUACAGUCAUGUGAAAGUGCAAGUGAAGUUUGGUUUUAGUAAGUUUGGGAUUGCUGAACUAGCCAAAUUGUUUCUAAAAUAUACAAUUUAUUUACAAUGUUCAGUAACAUGCUUAUCCUAUUCUUUGUACUCUAACCUGAGAUUUAUGGUUGUUUAAUGCAUCAAAAAAUGUCAUCUAUGCAUAUGCUGGGAUGACAAAUUAAAAUAUGCAAUACUCUAAACAUUCAA